CUCAGUCGCAGCAGACAAACGUUUGGCAAUAGACAUUUCACUCUCCAAGCAGAGUUUGAUGGGAAAAAUCGUGUGCUUUUUCAUUUAUACUUUUUUUUAGGGAUAGCUGACAGAAAAAGGCAGCAUAUAUGAAAAAGGCCGCAAUUUUCCCCCCACCAACCUCUGCUUGGAGAGUAAUAUAAGCAAGAAAUACAAUCCAGGACAUGCUCUAGUCGGGGUCAAUGACCUCAGCAUAGAGUUGUUUGAGGGACAUUGGAAUGUAGAUACAGGUCGAAUCAUUUAGUUUUCAUUCCCAAAAUACUCUGCUCCAUAACGUCAUUAGCCCUAGGACCCAGACCCAGACCAAGUCCACCUCUAAAGGUUACAGGUCCGAAUGACAGGUGUUUCCAUCAGAAAGUCAUUUUUGCCAAUCCCGAGAUACUGAAACGGUGCGUAGGAUUGUUAAACUUUCAAGAUGAAAUAGGAAAAAGAAACUGUAAAACCGAUCCACCCCGUCCUGUCAACAUGGGGUGUUCCCCACAAAGAGUGGCAGCGAUAGGAAGUCCUAUCAGAGCACAGGGAAAUGAAGAAUGCAGCCACCUUACAGCGGAGCUUGGGAAAGCCGUGAUAAUCCUCCCCGGUUGACAGCAGUCCGGGGGCUGAAGGUUCAGAGCAGACCCAACAUGGAAAUAAGCCCACACGCUCCCCGCGGCCUUCUGGCACUCGGACCAAAAUAAGAAGUCCGAGCACUUCCCCCAUCGACGGUUCUUCGAUAAGGUAUGACAUGUCGUCAUACCUCGGUCUGGGCGGUGAAAGUUUUUAUCUGAUGAAUAUUCAUGAGCCGACCGCAAGGAGGCGUGACUUUUAGAGACAUAUCGAGCAAGUUGACUGGCGAUGUACAUGCAGGAUUAAUUGUCGAACGCUGCGUCUCUGAACCCUGAGUGGACAACGAGUGGAUCGGGUUACCACAUCAAGUCGCCGGUCCACUGGUUUCCGAUAGACUGUGACUGUCAAACUUGAGGAGUUGUUCUCUGGGACUCGGAGACUGUUGUGAAGUCUGUGGCGCGUUUUCUCGAGUAAACGUGCAGUUGUGAACAACUUGUGAACUCGUGGGUUGUUUUAUGUUGUUGUGAAGCGAGAUGGCGGUGGUUGAGAGGAGUAGCUGUCGGUACGACACAGGCCCGACGUUCUACGAGCGCGGAUCGACGUCGAACGGUGCUGUCCUCCCGGGCGACCACCUCCCGAUCCCGGCCUCUCCUCUAGACGACUCCGAUGAGCCAGUCGAGCACGUUCUCGCCCCCGGAGCCUUCCACUCCCAGCGCCGCUGCCUCCUCUGGGCCUGCAAGGCUUGCAAGAGGAAAUCCGUGACUGUAGAUAGGCGUAAGGCCGCGACUAUGAGAGAGAGGCGACGCCUAAGGAAAGUCAACGAAGCGUUCGAGGUUCUGAAGAGAAGAACAUGCACCAAUCCGAACCAGAGGCUGCCCAAAGUCGAGAUUCUUCGAAACGCCAUCACGUAUAUCGAGAGUCUUGAGAACUUGUUACGAGGGGCAAAGGAGAAUCGCAAGAAGUCGGGAAACAGACGGCACACGGACGGAGACAGUGACGGGGCGGGCACGGAGUCGUGUUCGGACGGGAUGUCUGACCACAGUCCGGACGCCUUCUGUGUGGACACCUUACAUCACUUCGGAGACAACUGUGACGUCAAACCUACAGGCAAGAACGGUUACAACGCCAGCAAGGUAUCCAGUUUAGACUGCUUGUCCCUCAUCGUCCAGAGUAUAUCCACCUCUGCACAUGCGCAGACAGCUGCCACGUUAGAGUCUGCGUCAGAGGAAAACAGUGAUGACGUCAUCGUCUCGUCCACGGGCGAGGACAACUCUCGCGAGAUUUCAAGAAGCACACCGCAGUGAAACGUCACGAGAAUUGACCCCAUAUUUCCAGCUUUUGUCGAUAAGAUAUUUGAAUUUUCCGUCUACUGUAUUUGAUAUACAUGUAUUAAAGAUAUAUUUGCUAUGUAAUAUUUCUACAGAGAUAUCUCUGUUAUUUCCCCGUCACAGUUAUAUGUAUACUUUUCUGUUGAGAUUCAAGUAUAUAUUCGUACUUUUUAUUCCUUUUGUACAUUUACAUUCUUAUAUUAAUAAGUACUUAAUGUAUUUACCUGUGAGUCACUGUUCAUGACUGUAUUGUCUGUUUCCACCUUGGCUUGAUAUAAAAUCGCUGCAUUUUACCUAUCCCAUGAUCAUGCUAUGAUUUACUCAGAUAUUGGGCGAGCCUUGACCGUUUUCCUGAAAUAUAUAUUGUUUCAAAUGUAAAUAUAUAUGUGAACUGUUUGUAAUCCUACCUAUCCUCUACAAGACUUAUGUAAACAAUUUCUAAUAAAGUCUGUUUCGAUGCGUAA